AUGGCUCAUGGUCAUCACCGUCACCCGCGUAUCGGCAAUCUGAUAACCGCCAGGCGUCACCGGGAAGCCGAGCACGAUAAACAAAAUGUGGACUCUGAUUUACUUGACGAUGAUUCAUUUCAACCCCCCAUCCUCCCCGCUACUGAUAUACUUCCGGAUGGAAAUUGCGACUCGAAAACCUCUCCGUGUGUUGAACAUGGCAUGACCGAAUCUGAUUCACUGCUUGAAAAGCGGGACGAGACGACCUCCGCCGACCCGACUAGUAUCGAGACUGUAUUGCAGAUAGUCGAUGCUAGCUCACAGACCCCCUUUCAGUCGACUGCUACCGACUUUCCGAUGACGAUAUCGGAUUCUGCUUACGCCACUGACACUAUACCGAGCUCGGACGGCUUGACUGCGACUGCGAGUGCGACUGCGGCUGCAAGUGUCUCUAUAGAUUUAGAGCUACUGAGCUCGCCGACAGCGUUACCACUACCCGAGACGUCACUAAGUAGCUUCACGAACUCCGUUCAAACUUCUUUGACCACCACAAACCCCAGUGGACUUCCGUCAGCAUCAAGAUCUGCGUCAGGCACAGUCAUCAAUUCGCCUGCAUGGACUUCGACCCGUCUCAUUGCUCAUUCUAGCUCUACGCCCUCAGUUACGACAACAUCAUCACAGGCGCACACCACUUCCUUGUCAUAUUCCGGUUCUACCUCCGGCUCCAGCUCCACCUCCACCUCCAGUUCCAGUUCAAGCUCCAGUUCUAGUUCCAGCUCGACGAGCUCGACCUCCAGCACAAACUAUGCAACCUCUUCAUCGGAUGUAUAUGGAGGCUCUGAGCUCGGGGGGCAAGGUUCGACAAGCGAUCCUAAGACACCUAAAAUCGUGGGCGGUGUAGUAGGAUCAGUUGCUGGUGUCGCUCUCAUCAUUCUUCUUCUAUUUUACUACAUCCGCCGUCGAGGAUUCUUUAUGGGGAAAAUGGCACGUCCAACAAUGCUAGGUGACACAACAGAUGGGGCUGGAGCAGGCGCUGGGUCUAGAGAAAUUGUCGAACGACGCUUUACAGCCUCAUACCUCGCCCCCGCAUUCAUGAAGCGCUGGCGCCAGUCAACAGCAACAACCCGCUCUGGAAGCACCACCGACUCCGCACCUAGCGAACGCGGGUUCCAAAAGAUUUCCGGCAGGAAGCUUCCUCCCGUCUUUACUCACGGUGGAGACGGAUAUGGCGGUGGACUGGACGGUGAUUCUCCCACCGUACCGGGUUUCCCUGCCACCUCCCCAGCAACCGGACCAAUUGGAUCACCCUCCUUCUAUGCUCCGCCCCCUACCUCCCAAUUCGGUAGUCCCCUGGACUCAAACUUCACCCGUGAGGUUGAGGAGCCCACACCACCGACACGGCCCAACCUCGCCCACCUCCCUAUCUCCAGCUCGGUCAACGUUGCCACUCCCAUCACUGUCACACCGGCCCACCCAGUUGCGCAGCCCCAGAGUGCAGUGCCCUUUGCACAGCCGCGGCCGGAUGGGCUUGGUCGCAGUUUGCAUAGUUUCGAUGGGAGUCGAAGCAGCCGGUUCACUGAGGUGAUUGAUCAGUGA